AUGGAUCCAAUGUGUACAUUAGGUAGACAGGAAAAAUUUCCAUUAGAAAAUUAUACAAAAGGAACAUCUGUAUGGAUUAGGGAUUCUGAUGUUGUAUGGAAAUGUUAUGUAUUAUUAGAUAAUAUAAAAUUUUCUCAAUCUACUAUAUUAUUACAAAGUAUUGAUGAUGAAGAUGAUAUUAUUGAAGGAAAAAAUGAUUUAACUAGUUUGUCAUAUCUUCAUGAACCUGCAGUUUUAAGUAAUUUACAAUAUAGAUUUGAAACAUUAUCUUCUAUUUAUACCUAUUGUGGAAUUGUAUUAGUUGCUAUUAAUCCUUAUUGUGAUUGUUCUAAUUUAUAUGGUGAUGAAGUUAUACAAGUUUAUAGUGGUGUUGGUAAACAAGUUCGUGGUCUUGAUCCUCAUAUUUAUGCAAUUUCUGAAGAAGCAUAUCAUGAUUUAUGUGAAUAUGGAAAAAAUCAAUCUAUUAUAGUUAGUGGUGAAAGUGGAGCUGGAAAAACAGUUAGUGCUAAAUUUGUAAUGCGAUACUUAGCAACUGUAGCAUCUAAUUGGAAAGAAAGUGAAAAAAAUGAAACAGGGAUAGAAAAAAAGGUAUUGGCAUUAAAUCCAAUUAUGGAAGCUAUUGGAAAUGCUAAAACAAUUAGAAAUGAUAAUUCAUCAAGAUUUGGAAAAUUUAUAAAAAUAAAUUUUAAUAAAAGGAGAACUAUAUCGGGUGCUGAAAUGAGAACAUAUUUAUUAGAAACAUCACGUGUUGUAUUUCAAACUUCUGAUGAACGUAAUUAUCAUAUAUUUUAUCAAAUAUGUGCUGCUAGAAAUAAUGAUAUAUUAAAAGAUUUAAAGUUAAUGGAUUGUACCAAAUAUUCAUAUUUAUAUGGUGGUAGAUGUGAUGCUAUUGAUGGUGUUGAUGAUGAAAAAGAAUUUUAUGAAACAAUCAAUGCAUUAACUCGAUUAGGAAUUUCUAAUGAGUUACAAUAUAUUGUUUUUAAAAUUUUAACUGCGAUAUUAAUUAUUGGAAAUAUUAAUUAUACAGAAAUAAAUGAAAGUAUUGCUCAGAUUAUUGAUGAUGAUAGUAAUAAUUUGCUUAAUAUUUGUGCUAACUAUUUAUCUGUUGAUUCUUCUAUUUUAAAACUUUGGUUGACAGAAAGAGAAAUACGAUGUGGUAAAGAAUUAAUGAGAAAACCACUAACAAAGACAGAAGCAAUUAUAAAUAGAGAUGCUUUAUCAAAACUUUUAUAUUCUUCAUUGUUUAAUUGGAUUGUUGAACAAAUUAAUAUUUCUCUUUCAGUGGAAAAAAAUAAUAAAGGAAAUAUUAUGAAAAGUCCUAAUAAAGAUAAUAAACUUGAAUCUAAAUUUGUUGGAGUUUUAGAUAUUUAUGGUUUUGAGACAUUUACAAUUAAUUCAUUUGAACAAUUUUGUAUUAAUUAUGCAAAUGAAAAAUUACAACAACAAUUCAAUCAACAUGUCUUUAAAUUAGAACAAGAAGAGUAUGUUCGUGAAGGUAUUGAGUGGGUUCGUAUUGAUUUUUAUGAUAAUCAACCAUGUAUUGACUUAAUUGAAAAUCGACCUGGUAUUAUAGAUUACUUGGAUGAACAAUGUAAAAUUGGAAGAGGAACAGAUGAAGAUUGGUUAAGAUCAAUGAGUACAUGUAAAAAUAUAUCAAAAAAUCCAAAUUUUAUGUUACCAAAGAUAUAUGAUCCCAGUUUUAUUGUUAAACAUUUUGCUGCUGAUGUUCAAUAUAAAAUUGAGGGAUUUAUAGAAAAAAAUAAAAAUACUAUCAAUGAACAGUUACUUGAAGUUAUUGUAAAUUCAAAAUCUGAAUUUAUUAGAAAUAUGAUAAAUGAUUCAAUUGGAAUGAUUACCAGUGGAAAUGAAAGAAAAAAAACUGUUUCAUUUAAAUUUAGAGAAUCUUUAAAAGAUUUAAUAUCAGUUUUAAGUUCAACAACACCUCACUAUGUCAGGUGUAUUAAACCAAAUGAUGUAAAGAGAAGUUUUUAUAUGGAAUCCAAAAGAAGUAUUCAACAAUUACGUGCAUGUGGAAUUCUUGAAACUGUUAGACUUAGUGCUGCAGGAUAUCCUUCACGAAUGGGAUAUGAAGAUUUUAGUCGAAGGUAUCGUGUCUUAUACACUGAAGAUGGUAAACUUUGGAAGAAUGAUUGUAAGAAAUUUGUUAAUAUAACUUGUACAAAAUAUCUUGAAAAUGAAAAAUUUGCUCUAGGAAAGACAAAGAUAUUUUUUAGGACUGGUCAAGUUGCUCAAUUAGAACGCCUUCGUCAUGAAAGAUUUUCCAGUGCAGCACUUAUCAUUCAAUGUAAUUGGAGGAAAUAUCAGGCAAUGAAAUUAUUUAAAGCCAAAAAAAAUGCACUUUUAUUAAUUCAAGGAUCUUUAAAAUAUUUUUUGGCUUAUCGUCGUAUAAAAUAUCUUCAAAUGUACAGAGCUGCUAUUGAAAUUCAAUCUAGAUGGCGUGGAUUUUAUCAUAGACAAAAUUAUAAAAAACUUCAUAAUGCUGUUGUUGUCAUUCAAUCACAUUAUAGAAAGAAUGUCAUUAGAAAAGAAUAUCUACGUCAAAAGUAUGAAAACGCAGCAAUUACAAUACAAAAAUAUAUUCGUGGAUGGCUUGUUAGAAGAGAACAAAUUGAAAGAACUAUAAAAAUUAUUAAAGUACAAUGUUUGGUUCGAAGGUGGUUGGCUCGACGUAAGUUACGAGAACUAAAAAUUGAGGCAAAGAGUGUUGGUCAUUUACAAAAAUUAAACAAAGGCCUUGAAAAUAAAAUUAUUUCAUUACAACAGAAACUUGAUGUUGCUGUCUCAAAUAUGGAAUAUAAAAAAAAAUAUGAAAAAAUGGAGGAAGAAAUGGCAUUUUUGCAAAAUAAAUUAGAUGAAAAGGAAAAGUACAUCAAUGAAUUAGAUAAAAAAGCUAAAGAAAAAGAGAAUUUAGAAAUUCUCUUUGAAAAAGAAAAACAAAAAGUUGUUGAGUUAAGUGAAGAACUUAAAAAUGUAUCUUUAGAAAAUGUUAAAUUAACAAAAGAGCGUUCUGAGUGUCGUAAUGAAUUGGCACUGGAAUGUUCUGAACGUAUAGAUGCUCAAAAACAAGUUGAAGAAAUGAGAAUUCAAUUGAUGGCAAAUGCUUAUUUAAUGGCACCUGAAAGUAAUCCUGUUUUUGUUGAUAAUGAAACCAUGCGCAAUGAUAUUAUAAAUACACAAUCUAAAAGAAAAAAUUUUGAAUCUUCAGAAUCUAGAGAACGUUUAUCAAAACAAGAAAGUGGUGAUUUACAUUCUGGAGAAAAUAAUUCACCUUCCUCAAAUGAAAAUAAUUCCAUAAUUGAAAAACAAAUGACGUUAUUAUUUUCACAACAAAAAAUUAUACAAAAAUUAAGGUAUCGUGAAAAUGAACUAAUAAGAAGAUUAGAUGAAUUUUUGUCUAGUGUUGAAGAGUCAUCAGCAACAAAUAUGUAUUGUGCUAGUUAUGAUAAUCUAAAGUAUAAAUCUCUGGAAAGUUCAUAUAAUAAAUUAAAGAAUGAAAUGUCAUCAUUACUGGGUGAAAAAAUUUCAAGUAAAUCUUUUCUAUCAAACAUUUCUGUAUUUAGUAAUUUUGGUGAUAAAAAUUUCAAAGAUAUAUUCAAUAGGUUAAUUAAUGAAAAUGAAAAAUUAAUCUUGGAAAAUAAUGAAUUAAAAGCAUUACUGGAAAAAUAUUUAAAAUCAUCUAAUAUAACAUCAUCAAAAGAUUCAAGAAUUAAUUAUUUAGAUUAUGAUAGUGAAGAUGAUGAUUCAGUUAUAGCUAGUGAUUCAUAUAAUUCUUUUGAGACAGAACUUAAUUUAUUGAGAGAAAUAUCUGACCUAAAAAAUAGGCUUUCUUUUAAAGAUAAACAAUUGGAUGAGCAAAUAACAGAAAUUGAAAAACUUCAUCAAAGGAUUGAAAAUUUAACUUCAUUUAUUAGUCCUGAAUUUUAUCAAUUGGCUUUUCCUAUAAUUGAUGACAUAGUUAUAGAGAAUAAAGUUGAGGGAAAUCAAAAUUACCUAGAUUGUGCAGGUCAAAUUAAUAAUAUUAUUGAUGAAAAUUUAUCAUUACAAGAAAAAAUCAAUAAACAAAAUGAAAAAAUAGAUAAUUUAAGAAAGGUAUCGUCAAAUGAGAAUACUGAAUAUGACAAGGAUAAUGGAAUAUGUGAACAUAAUAAAGGUUUGAUAAAAGUUACAAAUAUACCAGAAUUUGCCAAUAGUUUGGUUAUUGGAUUAAGAGCAAAAAUUAUUAAAAUUAUUCCUCCAUUGUUACCGGCAAAUAUUAUUUUUGGUGCUUUACGUUUAUUUGAUAAAGAAAAUGAUGAAAUCGGUUUCACAAGUUGUUUUACAAAUAUUCAUGAUAAUAUUAAAGAAAUUUUUAAUGAAAGUUCAGAUUUUGAUGUUGCAUUAAUUUGGUUUAUUAAUUCAUGGAAAUUGUUAAAUUUACUAAGACAAUACUCAAUGGUAGAUGAUAAAAGUGAAAUUAUUUGGUUUGAAAAAAAUACAGAACAACAAAAAUUGCGUCAACUAGAAACAAGAAUUGAAAGUGGUUAUAAAAUAAUUUUAAAAAAACAUAUUGAAGUUGUUUUAACACCAAAAAUUGUACCUGCAAUUUUAAUGCAUGAUGAAACAAAAAGUCAAAAUAAUAAUGAUAAAAGUCUCGAUAAUUUACUCGAUUUUAUGGGUUCAAUUUUGACUAAAUUAAAACGUAUGAAUGCUGAUGAUAUCAUUAUACAACAAAUUUUUUCUCAACUAACACAAUGGGUAUCAUCUCUUUCAUUAAAUCAUAUGUUAUUUAGAAAAGAUUUAUGUACAUUUGAGAGAGCUUUUAUUAUUAAACAUAAUGUAACUGAGUUAGGGGAUUGGUUAAAAAAGAAUAAACUUUCUAAAUAUUGUGAAUAUUUGGAGCCUUUAAUACAGGCAACUCACCUUAUACAAUCUCAAAAAACAAUAAAAAAUGUAGAAAUAUUGUGUGGUUCGAUGACAAAUUCCUUGAAACCAAGGCAAAUAAUAAGUAUCCUUCAACAUUACACACCAUCCAUAGAUUUUGAAGAUGAUGAACCAACACCAGAAUUUUUAGCAAUGGUAAAAGAACAUUUAUCAGGAAGAGAAAAAGAAAAUGAUGAAUUACUUUUACGUGGAACUUACAUUGAACCAUUUAAUGUUGAAACUUUCGUUUAUACUGAUGGCAAUUUAGAAGAUAUUUCAAUUCCAGCAUGUUUAAGGUUAACCUCUUACUGUAAAUUAAUUUAA